CCUGGCCCGAUGCCGUCAAUAUUGUGGCUGAACAGGCACUGCCUGUGUCCCUGGCCCGUCCCUGGCAGACGCAGCCCUGCUUGCCUUGUUCGCCUCCAUCACGCACCGGUCUUGCUGCACAUCUGUUUCUUGGAUAUCUGCGUGCAUAAUUCUAGCGAUGGCCCUCUCCUCGGCCGACGCCCACGGCCGGAUGCUCAAGCGAGCAGACCCCUCGACCAUACAGAACAAAUUCAUGGUCGGAUAUCAGGGUUGGUUCACCUGUCCUGGCGAUGGCCCGCCCCUGGAUCCUCACCAUCAUGGCUGGCUGCAUUGGUUCAACUUUCCCAUCCCUGACGGAGGCCGCCCUAACACUGACCUCUGGCCUGAUCUGUCCGAGUACUCCCCGUCCGAGCUGUAUCCUGCGCCUGGCGUCAAGUACCCCUCGGGCGAACAAGCCUUUCUUUUCUCAUCGCGAAAUGCGAAGACAGUCAACCGUCACUUCCACUGGAUGGCCCAGCAUGGCGUAGACGGUGCUUUCCUACAGCGCUUUGCGGGUCAGACGGACCUCGAAGCAGGAAAUGAGGCGAUUAGGAAUCAACGCGACGAGGUCGGUGAUCGCGUCAGAGAAGCUGCGGAGAAGGAGGGCCGAGUCUUCGCCAUCAUGUAUGAUGUCUCCGGCGUUCCUCCUGAGCGCAUACAACGGGUCAUUGAGCAUGACUGGAUGCACCUCAUGCACGACAAGGGUAUCCUCGAUAGCCCAAACUACCUUCGCGAGAAAGGCAAGGCAGUCGUGACAUUCUGGGGUUUCGGCUUUGCAGAUUCACGCCAUGACCCUCACGUUGUCCGAGCUAUCACCAAGUUCGUUCGAGAGAACACGCCGGGUGGCGCAUAUAUCAUGGCGGGUACCCCAGCGCAUUGGCGGACGUCAGUGAGUGAUGCGGAUCCCAACCCCGACUUCGUGAAUGUUUGGCUCGAAGAAUUCGAUGCCAUAUCGCCGUGGACAAUUGGGCGAUAUCACAACGAGGAAUCAGCCGAUUGGUUUGAGAAGGAGAAGAUUGCUGGUGAUGUGAAGCUCAUCAAUGAGCGGAACGAGCGUAGGGAGCAGACUCAGGUCGGGCGCAAGGUCGACUACAUCCCUGUAGUAUUUCCUGGUGGUUCUGGCCAUAAUCUUUCCGAGGGCAAGUGGGGAUGGAAUGACGCCCCACGUCAGGGUGGUCGUUUCUUGUGGAGGCAAUUGUACAACGUUCGUCGUCACGGCGUUCGCAUCGUCUACGGAGCUAUGUGGGACGAAUACGAUGAGGGGACUGCGUACCUUCCCGUUGUGUCCCACAAGAACCAACUACCUGUCCUUGAUACGCACAGAUUCAUGGCGCUUGAUGAAGACGGAUAUGACUUGCCGCCGGACUGGUAUAUGCGGAUAUGUGAUUUCGCUGCUGAGAGCCUGCGAGGCGAACGGAUCAUCCACGACACUUUCCCUCACAAGGAACUGCAGGAUUACUGGUCGACGCACCCUCGGUUUGAGGACAAGCGCGAGGAUCCGGUUGCUUCUGGUAGCGGCAGUCAUUUCCAACCUGGCUUUGAUCCGGACAAGCCGGACAAUGGCGACGAUCUUCCCCCGCCGCCGCCCUACUCACUAGAAGAUGACUUCGUUGCUGCUAGCACUUCGUCGUUAUCCGCUCAGCCUUCUGUCACUCGUCAUACGAGCGCGGGUCCGCCACUACCGUCAAAAUCGACCAGACCACAUGAUGUGCCUGGCGACCCUUCUCUGACGAGGGCGGCAUCUGUAGGGUCAUCUUCGACCUCGACGACCACAUCGGGAGUAGGAGGUCCACCUGUCAACACAAGCUCUCGACCGCCUCCCGUGCCACCUCCUGUGCCUAGUGAUGCGAACCGCCCGGUCUCUGCUGCCUCCAUCGAUGCGCUCGCGGACCAGUUCGGCAGACAGUCCUCGAUUCACGGGUCUCAUGCUCCUCGUCCAGCACCGCCUCCCAUGCAUCCAACGCAUGCACCGGCGCCACAUCCGUACGGACCUCCUCCGUCCUCGCCUUCUGCAUAUGCGCAGUCUUGGGCGUCCCCUAGCCCGCCACCGCCUGCAGGAUGGUCGCAGGCUCCAUGGCCUCCGCCGCAGUGGGGUGCAGGACCUCCGCAACCGCACGGCCCGCCCAGUCCAUGGGCGUAUCCCGGCGAGGCGUACCGUAACCAACAUGCGUAUGGCUAUGGGCAGCCUCCAGGUCCAGGCUACGGCAUGCCGAACGCGCCCCCGCCCCCCCUCAGACCUCGUCCGAGUGUUUCUUCGCAUUCGUCCGGAAAGCCCUCGGUAUCGGUAGAAGGUAGUGACUUUCCUGUCCCUUACGGGCCACCGUCACCAUACGAAACCGAGGGAGGCUCAUCAUUCGGUCCUGCUCACGCUUCCUUCCCAGUUCCCGACGCUAGCCUGCCGCAGGGCUUCGCACAGCCCCAGGCUCACGCACCCUACGGUGGUUAUUCACAGGGACCAGGUGAGUGGUCUUCCUCAGGUUGCCGCCGACGGAGCUUAGUGUAUCUUUGACUGAUCUUCUCUGCGCGUCUUGUCUAGGAUAUCACCCUGGUUAUGCCGCAGGCCAUUCUCCACCUCCACAUUUCCCAUCGCCCCCGCCUGGCUCACCUGGGCAGCCUGCGUUGGCUUAU